AUGCUCCAAAUCAACCGUUCGGAUGGUACGGAGGUUUGGCAGGAGGGGGACAAUGGGCCGACGCCGGAUAUGUUCGAUGACGCGCCGGACGAGAAGGGCGGCCAAUGCUACAUGCGGCCCAUUGGGCAGAACGAGAGGAAGAGCCUGGAGUGGCUCAAGUUCCUGGCCGAGGGCGUGCUGAUGGAGGCAUCGACGGAUGAGGCCCACAAGAAAGCAUUUAGGGAGGGGACAAAGUUCUUCUUCGUGGCGUUGCCGAAGGGGUACAGGCUCUACGAGCAGGUGAAGAUCACGGUUGGCGAGAACGCAAAGACGAGGCGCGACACCUACCUCUACGGCCACCCCAAGGGUCCGCGCAAACGGUACCGGUCGCCCGCGGAUUUCCUCCCGCACGUCAAGUGGCUGGCGCUCGAUACAACGCUCAAUCCCGCCAAUUGCUCAUGCGGCGCCUGCAAGGGUGGACCGCCGCCGCUGCCGCCGCCACAGGCACUUCUCCAGGGACCGUCGCCGCCAGCUUUUGUGCCCCCGGCGAUUCCUCCGGCCGUCCCCUCUCCGGUGCUUCGCAAGCAAGCUGUCCCGACCACACGCCGGGCCGCAGCCGCCGCCGCGGCUGCCGCUGCGGCUUCCGCUGCGGCCGUCCAGUCGCCAGUGCUUGUGCAGUCGCCCAUGCCUGUGCAGUCGCCCAUGCCUGUCCAGGCGCCAGUGCCAGGGCCCGGACCCCCCGCGGCAAUGCCGUAUGCCGCACCACAUCCGCCCGUUCGGCCGAUGAUGCUAGUGAAUAGCCUUAUGACGAGCCCGACUCGCUUGGAGAGGGAGCACGACCUGCAUUUCCCCGGGCUUGACAUCUACCGUUUCGGCGAGAUGGUGUGGUUCCAGAUGCACCCGCACUGGGCUAUCGGAGUUGUCGUGGAGGUGCCGGCCUUAGCCGACAGCCAUUACAAAAUCCAGCCGCUGCAUUCAGCACUGCUGUGCGAGCAAACCCAGCCACAUACCGAUAUUUCGUCGAUUAGACUCCGUCCCUGGGUCGCCUGGAGCACCCCGCCAAUUACGAACCCGAACUUGGAUCGCGGCGGAAAAGUGGACUACGAGAAUCUACCUUGGCAGCAGGAGGCCCAUUCCGGCUCGGUCGAGGUUGAUGCUAGUAUCAUCAAGUCCCGAGAUGUCGAUAUCUCGUUUUCACUGAUUGAUAAACUUACCAACCAGAACCACUACGCGGGUACGUACUACGGCGCCGAACGCUUCUGGAUCGGCGAUGCCGUCCGUCUCAAGGCUAGUAGAACUAGCAAUCUCGAGGUCGUCUCCGGCCGCGAGAUCAUGGUCGUGGUCUCGAUCCAAGACACGACGCCCACCGCCCCGGCCGGCGUGCGCACUCGCCAGACGGGCGUGAUAGUGACCGGAGACGUGUACCGGCUCGAGAGCCACAGCCAGCUGAUGCCGCCACCGGCGGAGCUCCCCGCCGCCGUCGGCGCCGACCUUUCUGCUCGGAGCAGAUUCGUCAUCGCCAGUCCGGAAGCGCCGUACUGGACGUACACGCUCGUUGCGCGGCACCUCACCGUCAAGCUCGAAGACAUCAAGGGCCGCUGGUACCCCGGCUCGAGUCUGUUCCGGAUCAUGCAGGGCCACGAGCGGUUCCAGAAGCUGGUCGAGACCCGCGGCCUCUCGCUCCAGGAGUGGGACGAGACCGGUUCGAAGAUGAACGAGAUGGGCACGGGAGGCAGUGGCUCGCUGCUCGGAUAUCGCCGCUAUGAGCACCGCCACCAGGCGUUUCACAAGGCUAUCCCCAGUGCUGUCGUGUUCACGCCGCUCCUUCAGGAAAGCAUGGCUAUCGAGAAUAAUAUGCAGUCGCUCGGUCUGGCUUCCGCUGAGCAGCUGCCGAAUCCGGCUGUGCAGAAUAUGCACGCCCACUCGAUCAACCCCGCCUCCCCCAUCAUCGACCUCACCGGCGACGAUAACGAGGGCAUGGAGUUCCUGGCCGACCACGACUCCGUCGACGAAGAGUUCAUGAAGCGCAUGGGUGAGGAUGCGGCUAGCUUCCUUAACAACGACGGCGACUUUUAUGGCGGCCUCUAG